CUGAAUCACUUGAUAAAUCUGCUGAAUUUCUUGAUGAAUCUGAUAAAUUACUUGAUAAAUCUGAUGAAUUACUUGAUGAAUUUGAUGAAUUAUGUAAUGAAUCUGUAUAAAUUAUUUGUUGAAUUUGCUGAAUUAUUUGAUGAAUCUGUUAAAUUACUUGAUGAAUCUGCUGAAUUACUUGAUCAAUCUGCUGAAUUACUUGAUGAAUCUGAUGAAUUACUUGAUGAAUCUGAUGAAUUACUUAAUGAAUCUGAUGAAUUACUUGAUGAAUUAGCCUAA